AUUUGUAAAAACGUAACAUAAAUAUAUUUUUGAGUGUAAUAAUGUAUUAGACAAUAAAUCUCCAGUGUAAAAACCCGAUAUGGCAUUAAAUUUAAGUCGUUACAUAUUGCGGAGGUCACGUACAACCUCUCGAAAUUAUUGCGAAUAUAAGUCGCUAUACGAAAAACACGAAGCUGGUAAACAGCCGAAGAAAGUGUUCGGUCAAGAAUACCCCGAGUGGAAGAAACCUUGGAUCGAGCGGGAAGGGGAAUGGAAAAGCAAGUUGUCUUUAUUCGUCGAAAGAAGCCCUCCUAUGGAGAUUAUGAAUACUCUACAAAAAGCGCCGUACGUGACUACUGACGAUGUGAAAGAUUGGUGGAAAAGCAUGCAGGUUAUGCAGGAAAUCAAGAACCAAGAGUUUCUACCGGAGAGAGUGGCGGCGUUAGGCUAUAACCUGGCAGCUGUACAUUUCUUUACAUAUCGUGGUUGUGCAGUGAGACUCAAGGACAGCAAUCACUGGAUAAUAGGGGACUUUAACACACUAAAACUACCAGAUCAGUAUACUGAGGGCUAUAACGUAGAAGCAGUAGACUGUAGUAACUUUAAUAACAAGGGCUUAAGGUAUGAAGGCGUCAAAAACUUAACAGGACUGACAUGUCUCAAAUGGUUAUCUUUGAGAAACAACAAGCAUAUAGACGUAUGGUGCUUAGAUCGGAUCGCGGGACAGAAUGGCAGAUCGUUAGAAUUUCUGAACAUAACUGGAUGUGACUUAUGUGUGGGUGGCGUCCAUGCCAUUGCAAGAAUGACAAAUUUAAAAAUGUUAGUCAUAGAUGACCCUGGAGACAAUAUGGACCUGCAAGUGGCCCUCGCUAUGCUCGAAGAGGAAAACCCUGAACUGUUAAUAUGCAUAGACAAUGAACAAACUACUGAAGUUUUUAUGUUUUAACAUAAGUUCGUACAAUGAUUCAAUAUCCAACAGAAUGACUAUUACCGCAUGGUAAAUUGCGUCGGGGUUUAUAUUUUGUUAAAAUAUUUCUGGUGUUUGGUCCUUGACUUGGAUUCUGUCAGGUUCUAUUCAUUGAAUACUUAAAUAUAAGUCGUCCUUCUAAACAAAAUAUUUACAUGUACCACAUUGACUAAACAAUUUAACUAAUACCUUAUUUAGAAGAAAUAAAUAACAAAUAUGAAAUGCUCAAUUUUAUG